AGCUACCAUCAUCGUCCUAAGACAAGAGGGGUGUUGCCAAACGUGAGAUUUGUCAUCGAAGAAGAAGCCAGGAUCGUGAAGAGAUCCAUUGAAAUCAACUCGAAGAUGAAGAACUCAAGUUAGAGGUUAACAUAGCAUAGAAUUUAAUACUAAGAUGAACAACAGAAAUCAGCAGCAAUUGCAAUCUCAAACUCGAAGAUGGGCUUUGGGAGGAGCGUUUGUGCUGCUACUACCGAAUUUGUUUCCCGGCCUCCUCACUCCGCUGGGCCGUGCUUAUCCCUCCCUCUUCUCUGAAUGGAAUGCUCCGAGACCUAUGCAUUUGGAAUUGAUGAAUGGGGCUUUACAACAACAAACAUCUGGUGAACAAGAAUCAGAACUCUGGUCUCCCUUGCCCGACCAAGGAUGGAAACGUUGUGCUGACUCACAUGCUAAAUCUUCUUUGCCCAAAAAGUCCCAGGGCUACAUUCAAGUGUUUCUUGAUGGAGGACUGAAUCAGCAGCGAAUGGGGAUUUGUGAUGCCGUAGCUGUUGCUAAAAUUUUAAAUGCUACACUUGUGCUUCCACACUUUGAAGUGAAUCCUGUUUGGCAAGAUUCAAGUUCAUUUACAGAUAUUUUUGAUGCUGACCACUUUAUUGAUGCCCUGAAAAAUGAAGUCUCUGUAGUUAAAGAUCUGCCAAGUCAAUAUUCUUGGAGUACACGAGAGUAUUAUGCCACGGGCAUAAGAGCCACUAGAAUCAAAACAGCACCUAUGCAUGCACCUGCCACUUGGUAUCUGGAAAAUGUUUUGCCUGUAAUGCAGAGUUACGGGAUUGCAGCUAUUGCCCCAUUUUCUCACCGAUUGGCCUUUGACAACCUGCCUUCUGAGAUCCAGCAGCUUCGCUGUAAGGUUAAUUUUGAGGCUUUGGUUUUUGUUCCCCAUAUCCGGAUGUUAGCAGAGACCCUCAUCAAUCGCCUGCGGUAUGCACCAAGUGGUGACAGGGCAGUAGGCGUCUCUAACUGGGAGGAAAGAUUAGAUGAUAAGCGAAGAGCUGGAAAGUAUGUUGUGUUACACCUGCGGUUUGACAAAGAUAUGGCUGCUCACUCGGCUUGUGACUUUGGUGGGGGUAAAGCUGAGAAAUUGGCACUUGGAAAAUACCGGCAGGUGCUUUGGCAGGGAAGGGUACUCAAUUCUCAGUUCACUGAUGAAGAACUACGAAUUCAAGGGCGUUGCCCUCUGACUCCGGAAGAAAUUGGGCUUCUGCUGGCUGCUCUGGGCUUCAAUAACAGUACCACACUGUAUCUGGCAUCCCACAAGGUUUAUGGUGGUGAAGCUAGGAUCUCAACUCUGAAAAAGCUGUUCCCUUAUAUGGAGGAUAAAAAAAGCCUUUCUUCUGCCGAGGAACGGGCUAAGGUGGACGGAAAAUCUUCUUUAUUGGCUGCUGUGGACUAUUAUGUGGGCAUGCAAAGUGACAUUUUUGUUUCUGCUUCACCAGGAAACAUGCAUAAUGCACUGGUAGGACACCGAACUUACAACAACUUGAAGACCAUUAGACCGAACAUGGUGCUCUUGGGCAAGCUCUUCCUAAAUAAAACCUUGGAAUGGUCAGAUUUCCAGCAAGCAGUUAAGAAUGGGCACAAGAAUAGACAAGGGCAACUCAGGUUAAGAAAAGAAAAGCAAUCCAUCUACACCUAUCCUAUUCCUGAUUGCAUGUGUCAAGCAUAGUUGAUUCUGAUCCAAACACAAAACCUUGUUUGGCCCUCUUUCUUCAUACUAUAAUCCAGGCCGGUAGUGGCUAAACAUUGAUAAUGGUAAGUGGAACUCUUUCAUCGCUGUCUAUGACUUGUAAGAGAAAGCAGAAGACUACUUGGACUUCACCCUUACCGCGAUGUGCUGUUUGCCUGCUGAUUUAAGAAGUGUGAGUACUCUUCUUGGCUCUGGAUUUUACCAGUGCUAAUAAGCCAAUUAGUCAAGUGCAUAUUCAGUUCUUCAUCGGUAGUUGCUGUCGGUGAUCUAAUAUUUUUGCCUUUCCCACCACGACAGUCUUGGCCUCCUCUGCGUGGAAUGGGACUGCCAUCCACAUGAAAAUUGAAGCUUUUCUUGGAGAAUGUAGAAGUUUUGGUUAUCAUUUCUGUUUGCGUAAUUUAUGCUUAAGUAAUCCAAGUGAGGUGCAUGUAAAUCAUUACUAUGAUUCUAUGAAGUGCGUGUAUGACUAGGUCUGAAAUCAGAAGGUUUUAUUGUGAUCAAUUCUAUUAGUAGCAUAAUAAAAUAUGUGGUAUGUACCAUCGAA